AUGGCAAUAUUUUGCCUUCUUCUCCUCGUCGGCUUUUCCCAUUCCAUUCGACCGGCUGAUGGUUCUUUAAUCUUUUCUGUUUAAAAUAUUAUUGAAUUUCAGAGUUCAAAGCUCUGAUGGCUGAGUCCAAGGGCGGUUCCCUGGAUGGAGUAAACGAUGAAAAUGACUUUCUAAAGUUAAAUCUGAUCAUUCAGAUCCCAAAAACUGAUUCCAACCGUGGAAACUUCACGAACAGUAAGGCCGAGUUCGAAAAUCUUCGUCGAUUCGUUGAGAUCCUUGCCGAGGGCCUCAGGAAACAAGGCGUGCCCGAGGACAAAAUCGCCGAUGUCUUAAGGGUCAUUUUUUCCCUAGUUUCUUAUUGAAAUGUAGAUUUUCAGAUUGGCCAACUCAAUGAGACCGAACUGGCGAAGACGAUGCCGAAAAAAAGGAGGAUCCAGAAAAGAAGCGUGAGAUUAUUACGUUCCACUGACCCACGAAACAGGCUUGAUUUGAAUUAAAAUUCCUUUGAUGAACUUUCCGGCCAGGAAAGGUCGUUUUUAAGCCUUCAAGUUUUUUACUGUCUUUGAUACUUUGAUGGUCCAUCUUCGCGAGGUGUUGUUCAGCGUGGACCACAUGUUUUUAAUACGGCCCGGUAUUGCGCAGCGGUCAUCCAGUGUAGACCUGAUUGACUAAUGUUCUUGCGGGAGUGGUCCGUCCAUCUAAUCGGUAGUCGCUCUCGGGCGUUUUGUGUUUCUAGGAUAUAGUCAAUGUUUUCCGACUUGAAUGGCGAGGGAGGCGGAGCAGGGGGCGGGACGCGUAGCGUGUGCGUACGCGGUCCUUGGCACGAGUUCAAUUCAACCGCCAGCGACCCUUUGGAUAGGGACCACAGACCUAUUUUUCGAACUCAAGCUAGCUCCUCGUUUUUGUUAUAAAAAUAAUGAAUUUAACAUGUAGUAUGCGAAAACAGAAAAGAAAAACGAAAAAUAUUAAGAAUAAGAGGAGAAAACAAUAUUUAAAAGUAAUUGAAAAGCAAAAAUUUUUGCACUGAAAUUUUGGUUUUGCGAAUUCUCAUGCAAUCUGCGCGCACCCUCAUUUGCAAGGUCGGCACGGUUUCAGGAGCCAAAAGAGAAGGUUUUACGAGCUGUAAUCCCACUUUACCAUCAUUUUCGUCUCAGUGACUGCACAAAUACAGCCUACAGUGCUCUUUGAAUCCCAUAAAAAUGUAAUUUCGCCUACUUUUUAUUCACCUUUUUUUAUUGAGAAAAAUUUUUUUCGGCGAUCUUGAAUUUUUCGAUUUUUAUUGCUUUUAUUUGUUUGAAAAAUUAAAAAAACUCUUAUAAAUGAGUAAGAAAAAAACGCGUGUCUUCGACCGGGAAAUGUUUCAAAAUUACUCCCCAAAAAAAUUCUCCACCUUUUUUUACCACUCAAAACAGUACAUUUGCUUGUAGUUGUCAACAAGUAUUAUUUGAGCAAUGUUUUUCUCAAUAUGAAAAAAGCAUAAACAUCUUCCAAUACUGCAUUGCAAUUGAGAAAACAAUUUUUGACUUUGCGCGCCUCUCAAUUUUUUCGGCGAACAUAGAAUUUUUAUUUUUUUGGCUUAAAAAAUUGUAUUUACAGUUUAUAAGUAGUUUUCCAAAAAUCAACUUUGUCCGCGACCUAGAUGAAUAUCAAAACGCAAAACUAAGUUUAUUUUUCGAACUCGCCUCACUAUUCCGUACGAUACUCCGUUGAAACACAUGGAAAGUACCUGAAAACCUUUUCAACGGAAAGAGGAACCUUUUCUACAUUUAUGCUGAAAUUUUCAUCAUUUUUCAUUGUUUCUAUCCGCUGUACGAAACAAUAAAAGACGGAAUACCAAAAAAAUGGCCUUUUUUCCCUCGCGAAAAGGGGCAAGGCUUUGCGGUCGCUACCUUUGGAGCUCUCGUUUAUCGCUCUUUUCACUCCUUUUUUUAAUUAUUUAUUGAUUAUGUCUAUGUGCUCAUCGAAAAACAGUAGAAAAUACAGAAAAAGAGCGGUUGACAAGCUUUUUAAAUAGUCGGCGGCAAUUUGAUAGAGCUCGCGCCAAGAACCGCGUACGCACACGCCACGCGUCCCGUCCCUUGCCCGGCCUCUCUCGCUUUUCAAGUCGGGAUACAUUGACUAUACCAGUGUAUGAUUUUCGUGGACCAGUGGUCGUCCGGUUCUUCUUAGGAUAUGCCUGGCAAAACGAUGUUUGGCUCGUUGGAUGUGCUCGGAUAAGUCUUUGGUUCUUGAUAGAUUGCCAAGAUCUAAGCUUCCCCAUUUAAUGUACCGAGAGUUGCCCAGUAGAGCUCGUUCUAGUGCGCGGUAACUUAUUCGAAGAGCUUCGGAGGUUGGGACCGUCUACGGCCAGGUUUCUCUGCCGUAGCUGUUUUCAAGGAUGAUUGAGGCGUUGAAGAUUUGGGCUCGUAGGUCGGUGUCAGUCAGAAGGGUUUUGAUUUCCUUGAUACAGCCUAGGGCUUCCUGCUCUUCGGCGUCUUGCGUCUUUGGCCGUCAGGUCGUUGGUCAUUUUUACUUCUCGCCCGAGAUAUACGUAGGAGUCGACUACUAAUAGGCCUCGGACUUCGAGAUUGACGUUGCCCCGGUCGCAGAAGCGGUUGCGCAUCCACUGCGUUUUCUCAGCGUUCAUCUAGAGGUCGAUUCUCUUUCCGACUCGAUCAAAGUCGGUGAGCAUCAUAGAUAAGUCUGCGGUGUUGCUGGCGAAGAGGGCGAUGUCGUCCGCAAAUCGGUGGUUAGUUACUAAUUUGCCGUCUAUCUUGAUGUCUUUUGUCACAAAAGGUGGGUCAACGGGGUUGUUCCGGUCGUGUUCCACGUCCCAGUCAAGCAGUCUUAUGGAAUCUUGAAGAGCUGCUGGGAAUAGCUUGGGUGAAAUCGUGUCGCCUUGUCGUACUCCCUUGCCGAUUGGGAUUGACAGCUUUUUGUCGAGUAGCAAACCACGUUUUUUAAUUCAAUUAUUUGCCUACUUUUGAGCAUAGAUAAUCGAAAUUUACAUUUUUUAGCUCUCGUCCAAUGGUUUCGACCGUAGAAAAUCCUUCAAAACUCAUCCCGAUUCUGAAAAUCUUCUCCGAUUCGCCGCAGAGUUUGCUGAAAACCUCAGGAGGAGAGGAGUGUCUGAACGUCGAAUCGCCGAAAUUUUUGGGGUUCGAAAAUCAAUUUUUUUUUUCGGUAAAGCUUGAUUGAUUUUUAGAUUGGUCAUCUCACGGAGCUGGAAACAGAUACGACGCCAAGAAAUUAUGAUGAGGAUGAAGAGGUAAGCUUCGGAGGCUCAGUCAAGGACAGAACAAAAAAAAAGUUCCUUUAAGGAAUUUUUUUUCAUCUUUCAUCAUGAAGGGUGUGAUAAGGAUGUAAAAGAAGUAUAAAAAAUAUCUUUUGAUUAUUCUUAGAAAAUAUUUUAGGUCUAGAAGAGUUUCAGGAAGUUAAGUACUGAAAUAAUAAGAACAGCUGGUUUCUCAGAUCUUUGAAAGUCAUUUUGAAGAGUUUACAGUUGAACUGAACCCACUUUUCAUUUAGUUUAGGUCCCAGAAGUCUUUCCUAGAGUUUCUAGAGAAUAUUUUUCAGCCCCAGUUUCCACGGGGCACCCCAUCGCCCCGCCCUUAUUCCGAAAAUCUCUUCCAAUUCGUUUCGAUCUUGGCUGACGGCCUCAGAAAACAGGGCGUCCCGGAAGACAAAAUCGCCGAAGUUGAAAAGGUACAAAAAAUCCUUAGUUUUCUGUUAAAUCGAUGGAUUUUAGUUUGGCUUCUACAAUGAGACGGAAUUGUCUAGAAACUUGCCGCCGAAAGGGAGGAUCGAGACGAAAAGCAGCGUGAGUUUUGUUGGUUCUUAGCUAUUUUCCAAGAAAUUCCCAACUUGAGCUCUAAGGAACGCCAGAGGGGUCCAUAUAGGUACAUCCUUAUGGCUCCCCGAAGGCUCCCUCCAGGGACCACUCUGGGGUUCCUAAGAGAAGACCAUCCAACUAUGGACUGAGGCAAAUUUUUAGGAAGGAAACCAGCUGGAGGUUGGAAGGUGAACGGAAGCUAGAAGAUCUUAGAAAUGCCUUUAAAAGGUUUUCGGAAGGUCUUUGGAAUGUGAAAAUGGGAGAAGCCUACCAGAAGCCUGUCAGAAGCCUCCGGCAGCCUUUUUUUUAAGUAGAAGGUACUUGGAAGGAAUUUGAGCACUUGCUGGGAAGCUUCCAAACGCCUUCCGAGGGACCGAAAGGAGAAGCUUUCCAAGUUUCAAAUUAGCAUCGAAUCUAUGAGCUUAUGAGCGAAUUCGAGAAUUUCCAGGAGGACAAGCUUUCCGAUGACGUAAAAGAACGGAUGGACAAGCGUUUCAAUGACCUCAGUAACUGGUCCUGCGGCUCUUAUCAUCUGGAUUCGAUAGCUCGAGCCUUACUGCAAAUGUCCUGCAAUCGAUGUGUCGUUGGUUCGUUGAAAAUAUAUUUCGAAACCCUUUGAGGUUCCCGAAAAGUUCAUUUUGAGCUUAUAUAGGGCUAGAAGUUAUCUACAACGUCGAACAAGGCUCAAAUUUUUUUUUCAAAGCUCAACUGUUUGAAAAAAGAAUUUCGAAGUCUCUCAGAUUCUAAGAAAAAUUCAAGACCUUUAACUUGUCUUCAAAUGCAUAGUGGCAGUAAAAACGGGCUUUGGGAAUAAACAGAGUUUUUCCUAGCGACUACAACGGUACACCUGAAAUUACGUUAACCUUCAUACUUUCGGAGAAAAACGAGUUAAAAUGAUAAAGAAAGAUAUUUUUGAGUUGGCGGGUAAAGUUGCUCCAUUGAGACUGAGAACACUAAAUUGCCUUUUUUUCUCAGAAAGUAUGAGCGUUGGUGUAAAUUCAGGUAUACCGUUGGAAUCGCUAGAAAAAAAAACUCUAUAAUAUAGUCUGUGUGCCACGACUUGAAAUUUCACGGAACGACAUUCCGCUGUUCCGCUGCGUGCGUUCGCGAAGCGUCUUUCGAAUCUAGGUCACGCCUUCAAUUAUUGUUAUUGCUGUGAGAGCACAAGAAAGUAGAGUGCCUUAGAAAAAUAAAUAAAUAAAAGCGCGACCAAGGUUCGCAAAAGCGCACAGCGGAAUGUCGUUCCGUGAAAUUCCAAGUCGUGGUACACAGCCUAUAACGCGUUUAUUUUCCAAACCCCAUUUUUCACUGCCCCUGUGCCUUUAAAAACUUUUUUUUACCGGUCAUGACGCUCUCAGCCAUUCCCAAUGCGACCACGACUCUUUCUUCUUCUCCAAUCAAUGAUUCCCAGGAUUCGUCAAUAUGAACUGCUACCUUCAUGACAACUGCUACGAGUGCAGAAAUGGCAAAGCCUUUUGCGACAAGAAGUUAUUUCUAUCUUUCAUUCAUUUAUCAGCCAGUUUCUUUUUCAGUUUCGACAGGGACAUGCACCGGCUGUACGGGCAUUGCGAGGACGAGUCGAGGCCGUGUUGGGGGGUUCGAGAUUUUUCUUAAGUUCUAAAAAGAGAAGGCGAGAAUCUUGCUGCAGAUGGGGAAUUUUCCUAUAAGAUUGGAAUAACCUAUAGUCUGUUCAGAUUUUGAAUGUCAAGUCCCGCCCCUAAUAGUGCGAUAAGCCAAUCAGAGAGCGAGCCAUCCACAGAGUGUAUUUGAAUGACGUCAUUGUACUUGAGGUUAAAAAUCUGAACAAACUAUAGAACUGCAACCGAGCAUUCACGGCGUUUUUUUGGACGACGCCACUUUUUCUCCGUAAAUUGUCAUGUGUCGUGUGCAUGCACUGCGCCGCUUUCGCGCAGAAAAUUGCGUUCAUUUCGAGAAAUUUCGAUUCUUCUCAAAGACCCCUGCGCCUUUAAUAUGCUCUGGUGUUUACGCUCUUAUAGCCUUUCCCAUGACGUCACGUGGGAAUAUUUUGGCUCCGCCCAUCGUGUUUUUGUUUUCGCAUUUUUUUUCCACUGACAAAAACGCCUUGAAUUUUCGAAAAUUUUGAAAUCGCAUAAAGUUUCUGAUUUUUGACAAGGCCUAGUUUUCCAAACAUGAAUAGCGGUCGAAGUUUUCAAAAACUUAGGCUUAACUUUGAAAAAAGCUAGUUUAAUAGUAACAUUUCUGACACGGCCUAGAUUUGCAAAGGCCUACUGGGAAACUUUUUAGUGGCCACUAUAGGGUUUUUGAAAUUUUUUUUAAAAGCUUUUUUGGUUGAAAUGCGCUCUAUGGAUAACACAAUUUUCAAAGCUUCCUGUGAAGUGUGGCCACUAUGGGGUUUUCACGUUUUAGUGGCCACUAUAGUGGUCAAAUUAGUGGCCCCUUGAGGCGUUAAAAAUUAGUGGCCACUAGAGAGGUCUAAGUGCUCAAUGGAUCAACAUAACUGGUCCAAUCUGUUUGUUUUAAAAUUAUCAGAGUUGCUGGAAGGAAUACUGGAUGAAAAACUACUGAAGUGGCCACUAAAUAUAGAACGUCUAUAGUGACCACUAAAACGGAAAACAGUGGCCACUACAGAGGUGGGUUUAGUGGCCACUUUAGUGUCCUUGGCGAGCCUCUAUAGUGGCCUCUAAAAAUUUUCCCAGUAGUUUUCCAAAGUUAAUGUCAGCACGACUGAACUGGAUUCUGGAUAUUCCACCUUUGUGGACCAUUUGAGAAUUCUUAACUUUUCAAUAACCGAACUUUUUCAAACCUUAAACUGUACCAGAUCAUCUGAAUCCAUCCAAGUUUACGUAAGAAUCAAAAUACGCUCAGAUGCCUAUUUGAGAUGCUUCAAGCGGCGAUGACUUCGGUGGAGUACGGUGGCGGCCCGACCUACGUCUACGGUAUAGUCCGAAGUUGGUUCGGGAAGAGCGACUGCGACGGAGACCUUCCCGCCUCCAUUGAAGACCGUUUUUCCAUCUGGCCUCCCGAUGAGGAGAAGACAUUGAUGUGA